ACUCAGCGCACUUCCAAAAUCUCGUUGUCGACAGUAACACGGUGUCGCUGCCGAAUUAUAAGAACUCAAGGUUUGGAGCAGUGGUGGUAUUUUGAGACGCAACUUUCAACUGAAUUCCGAAGACAAAAAGCAGACGCAGUGUGGAACCAUGGCAGACGCAUUGCUUAUUGCAAAGAAGGACGAUCUUCAGUUGAAGAUUGGAACCUUUCCAGUUCUCCUUCUUGAAACGUUUCAAAACUGGGGAAUGACGCAAAAGAUGACGGUAAUUUCGGUGAAACCCAAGACAGUUAAAGAAGUUGAAGACAUCCUUGGUGCAGUCAUCAGUUAUAACGCAGAGUUGAGAAACGGAAGAAAGCUCUCCCUGCGUUGUGUGGGUGAUGGACAUUCUUGGUCUCCUCUUUUCCCAGACGAGGGAAAUAUUCUGAUGUACACCUCUAACCUCGUUCUGAAGUCACAUCAGCGCAUUAGACUUAAUCAGGUUGAAAUUGGCACGCAAAAUCCAUUGACUAUAACCAUGGCACCAGGUGUAACAACUGGAGAACUCAGCAAAUUCUUCACUGAAAACAACGUGUGUUUUAACACCGAUGUCAUCUUAGACAAAGUGACUUAUGGUGGAGUAAUUGCGCCAGGAUGUCACGGCGUAGGAAAAGACCAGUUGGCAGUGUCAGAUUACGUCACAGGAAUGAGCAUUGUGGGAGCGAAUGGUAAAGAAAGCGAAUACACAUUCCCUUCGGGUAAUCCUGACCAUGACAAUGCCUUGAAGUGUAACAUGGGUUUGUUUGGAGUGAUGACAAGCAUUACUAUGGAAGUUCAGCCAAUGACGAUUGUCAAAGUUGAGAACGACUUCAGUUAUACAGUUAAAGAUCUGUUUUACAAACCCGCGGCACUGGAAAAACUUUAUAAAGAGAACUGGUCUCUCGAAAUCUUUUGGUUUCCUUUUAACAGUAUGCCCGGGCAUGCAUUGCUCUAUCUGUUCACCAUUGGUCGAGUAUUUCACUGUAAACUAUUAUGGAAUCCAAAAAAAGAUAAACUGUGGAUUAGGAAGAUAAACCCCGUGGAAGUUCCGGAUAAACCGACCAAGAAUGAAGUGGAAUAUAGUAUCAAGGACGCGCAGGAUUUAAGGUCCGCUGGUUUUGGAAGAAAAUAUGCUCCUCUUCUGAGCAAAGACAAAUUUCUGGUACCAUCCUUUUUGAAAGCAGGAUUCAAAAUGGUGAAGAAAUCUAAUUCGACAACUUGCUAUGAGCACAUGAACAAAGCCAUUCAUUACCAAGGCUCCAUUGAAAUCAUGCCUGUCCUUGACAUGGAGUUUGCCUUUAAUGCUGAUCCAGGCACAUUCUCUGAACAAGUCAAGGCCAUGCAAGCCGCCAUUGACGUAACGAAAGAUUACUAUGACGACAAGAAAUUUCCUCUGAGUGUUGCCAUGGAAAUGAGAUGGAUGGCGUACAGCGACUGUCUAAUCUGCCCGGCAAAUGGAGUGCACAAGAAUAAUGGAAGAUUAGACAAGAAAACCCUGUACUUGGAAGUGCUUGGCCUCGCUGGUACACAAAAUUGGGAGGAUUAUACGAAUGAUGUUGCUGCUAAAUGGAUGGAUUUGAAAAUAAAUGGAAUGUCACCACUUCCUCACUGGGCCAAACAGUGGAGUUACGUCAAAGGAAUUGACGAACAUAUACAAACCGGGUACGGUGAAAAUCUGACAAAAUUCCGAGAUCAAGUGCCAGAACCUGAGAGGUUGCUUUUCUCCAAUGAGAUGCUGAAUCGGGUCAUAUUCUCUGACUCCUGCGUGAAGAAAGCUAAGAGAAGAAAGGUCGAAAAACGUCAAGUCAGGAAGAAGUUGCCUAAAACUAAUAGUGUUCUGAAAGAUUGGGAAAAUAUACUCGAAGAUUUGAAGGAGCACGAAGAAACUUGGGAGACCUUUUUCAUGAGACUGGCAGAGAAUGUGUGGAAUGUUCCGUCCAAAGCUCCAGAAAUGGAUGUUCAGAAAGAAUGGGAGAAUACUUCAGCAAUCUUUGGCGAGAUCAACAAAAAGUAUCCUCAGUUUUCCAUUGCAGAAGAAUUGUACAAGGAUUUGUUUACUUGAGGUAAAUAACUGAAGAUGCUGAAAGACAGAAGACGACUCUCAGAAGAGCGGAAGUUUUUGUACCAAAGGAAGAGCGGAAGUUUUUGUACCUUUUAAUCAUCAAAUAAUUUGAUGUCGUUUGCAUGCUUAGUUUUUAGUUUUUGGUUGCAUUGUAUCGUAGUAUAAUCCAAGUUUUCCUCGCAAUAAAAUCUGUCAUUUAGUUGUUGUCACUUCUGUUAGUUCUAGUACAAAUCUAGUACACCUAUCCAACAACAUAGCUACAUUUCACAAUAUCAAACCCCCAGAAUGCGAAUAAAAUUUUACGUUUUGGAUUAUGUCUGUGUUGGUAUGCAAACAAGCGGGGGAGUAACUAAUGCG